AUGGCAGGCUCGGACAAGAAGAAGAAGGGCGGCAAGCCCAAAGGCGAAAAAGGCCCAGUGAUCACGGAUUCUCGUUUUGAGAACAUCCAAACUGACCCUCGUUACCGUCUUCCAAGCAAACGACAGACUCAUGUCAAGCUCGACAAGCGCUUCCAGCACAUGCUUGACGAUAAGGACUUUUCUCGCAAUGCUGCUGUUGAUCGCUACGGACGAAAGCUGGCCAAGGACGACACCAAGGAGAAACUGAAGAAGUUCUAUCAGGUGGACGAGGAUGAUGAAGACGAAGAUGAUGAGGACGACGACGACGAGGAAGUCAGGAAAGAAUUGAAACGCAUCAACACCAGUUCUUAUGACCCCGCGCGUGACGGUGGCUUCGAGUCCUCAUCAUCUGAGGAGAGCUCCAGCGAAGAAGAAGAGGAGGAGGAAGAAGACGAACAAGACGAAGAAGCACAAUUCCCCGACAAGCAGCAGUCCGAUGUGCCAAGCGGAGAAGUGACAAACCGCAUAGCGGUGGUCAAUCUCGAUUGGGACAACAUUCGCGCGGAGGACCUAAUGACAGUCGUCUCCAGCUUCCUCCCGCCUGCUGGGCGAGUGUUGAACGUGACAGUCUACCCUAGCGAAUUUGGUAGGGAGCGCAUGGAGCGGGAAGAGGUGGAAGGCCCCCCAAGGGAAAUUUUCGCCAGCGGCAAGAAGAGCAAGAAAAAUCAAGAUGGCUCCGAAGAUGACGAGGUCGACUCUGACGAAGAGGAGGAAGAGAUUAAAAAGUCUAUGUUGAAGGGCGAUGAUGGCGAGGAGUUCAACUCUACGCAACUACGAAGAUACCAACUUGAUCGCUUGCGUUACUUCUAUGCCAUCGUCGAAUUUUCAUCAAAGGACGUCGCCAAGCAUGUCUACGACCUAAUCGACGGUGCCGAGUACCUCUCCAGUGCCAACUUCUUCGAUCUCCGAUUUGUCCCCGAUGACACAGACUUCUCCGAUGACAAGCCUCGCGACGAGUGCUCCCGCAUUCCUGAUGACUAUAAGCCUACCGAGUUCGUCACCGAUGCUUUGCAACACAGCAAAGUCAAGUUGACAUGGGACGCGGACGACAAAUCAAGAAAAGAAGCCCAAGCCCGUGCUUUCCGAGGCUCACAUGCAGACAUCGAUGAGAAUGACCUGAAAGCGUACCUCGGCAGCGAUAGCUCCGAGGACGAGAGUGAAGAUGACGAGGAAGGAGGUGUGGAAGUCGUCGAUACCACUGGAGGGGAGGCGUCAACAACGAAACUGUCUAAGAAAGAAGCCGAGAGACAGCGCAUGCGAGCAUUGCUCGGAUUGAGCGCCGAGCCUACCCGCUCUAAGCCGGAUGCCCCUGUCGGUGAGAUGGAGGUUACAUUUACAUCGGGCUUGGCUGGUGGUCGCGGCAAGGACAGUAUCUUCGAGAAUGAGCCGGAAAUCGAAGAAACAACGGUUGAGAAAUAUGUGCGCAAGGAGCGCGAGCGCAAGAAGCGCCGCAAGGAGAAGCUCAAGGCCUCCAAGCGUGGUGAAGAGGACGCUUCUGACAAGGAAGAUGAAGCGGACAGUGAUGCCGGACCAGCUGAGGUGGCACCGCAAGAGGAAGAAGACGCUGGCUUCAACGAUCCAUUCUUUGAAGACCCUGACGGCAAGGCCACAGCUGUCUCUCGGCGCAAGGAAGAGAGGCGGAAGAAGCGCGAGGAACGUGCUGCCGAGGAAGCUGCAUCAGCUGCUCAGCGGGCUGAACUGGAGCUUCUCAUGGUGGACGAUGAAAAGGCCAAUAUCAAACACUUUGAUAUGAACGAAAUUGAAAAGGCCGAGAAGCAGGCCCGCAAGAAGGGCAAGGGCAAGAAGAGCAAGAAGCUGGACGCCGCCCCUGCGGACGACUUCAAUGUCAAUGUCAGCGAUCCUCGCUUCUCGCGAUUGUACGACAGCCACGACUUCGCCAUUGAUCCCACCAACCCUCGAUUCAAGUCAACUUCCGGCAUGAAGGCUCUCCUGGAUGAAGGACGUAAGCGCCGACGUACCGGUGAUGAGGCUGAGACCGACGCACCAGUUGAACGCCGAGACAGCAAGAAGAAACAGAAAAAGGCCUCCAAGGAGUCCAACGCCGAGGAACUGAAGCGUCUGGUGGACAAGGUCAAACGCUCUCAUUAA